AUGUCUUUCGGCAAGCUCUACAACUACCCCAAGGCGCCGCGGGCGACCAUGUGCCUCUACGUCGCCGAGCUCAAUAAGCUUGAUGUCGAGAUCGUCGAGGCCUGGCCUAUCAAGGUCAACCCGUCCAAAGGUGGCGUCGGAGAGGCCUACCUCGCCAAGUUUCCCACCGGCAAGGUGCCCGCAUUGGAGCGGCCGGAUGGGUUCGUGCUGUACGAGUGCAUAGCCGUGACAUAUUAUCUGGCCAAGCAAAACCCAUCUACGACGCUGCUGGGCAAGACGCUUGAGGAAGAGGCGACGGUGCUGCGCUGGUCGUCAUUCGCCAACAGCGAGCUCCUGCCGCCGAUCAUGGCAUGGAUCAACCCUGUCAUCGGCAAGGCACCCUCCAGCCCGGAGAUCCUUGCCGCGGCGGAGAAGGGCGCGGAGCCGAUGGUCGACGUCGUUGCGCGGGAGCUGAAGGCGGGCAAGAAGUUUUUGGUUGGCGAUUGCUUGACUAUGGCGGACUUGUUUGUCGUCGCUGCGUUGGCAAGGGGGUACCAAUUUGUGUUUGCAAAGGGCUGGACGGAGAAGCACCCUGAAAUCCAUGAGUACUACUGGAGGAUCAAGUCCGACCCGAUCUAUGUGAAGGUCGACGGAGAGCCUUAUGUUCUUGCGAACGUUGGUGACAAGGCACCCUAA